AUGUAUAGAGGAUUAUUUUCAAUUUGGAGGUUAAAAGGGCUUAAUUUAAAUCAAUUGAGAACUGUUGUACAGUCGAGCUUCGCAAAAAACACCAGAUUCAAGAAAAACCACAACCUUCCAUUCAAGGUGACCAGAACAUCAUCUGGUAACUUGGCUGUUUAUUUAAAGAUAAGGGCUCACGGAACAGUUUUAUAUACAGUAGUAAGACACAUUUAUGGCGAUGUUCAGGCCAUGAAGGAACAGUUAAGGAUUCUUUGCGAGUCACCGGUUAGGGAGAGAGUUGGAAGUCUUGAAGUUCAAGGAAUGCAUGUAAAAAAGAUUAAGAAAUGGCUAGUUAGUUGCGGGUUCGCCAUCAUCUCAUAA